AGUGCCGUGCGGCCGUCCGGCGCUCCGAUGGUAUUGUCCAGGACAAAGUGAGUGAGCUGACGAUCAUGCUCUGCAGGACAGCCACGGCCAGAGUGGAUGACGCAGGCAGGUCUUGUAUGUGACCGUGAAGCCCGAGUCCUAUGAGACAGGGGUGCGCCGGUAUUGUGUGCCGAUCGAUACCUUUGGGGCCAGGCACUGCUGCUUCCUGGAGUCAAUACGUGGCCAUGGGCAUGGCAACGGCUGAGGCGAAUUGUCGAGAGGUGGGAGUUAUUACGGAGCCCCAAUUGUGGGAUCAGAAAGGGAGAACAGGAGCGAGGCCUGGAUCGAAGUGGCCUGUCUCCGACGUGGUUGCCGAAGUCAAAGAACGUUCCGAAUCGGGUCCCUCGCUUGUCCUCGAUGCGGCAGGCCUGGCGUGGAAUCCUGGCAACAGAUUGCGACGCGCAGAGGCCGCAGAUGGACGACCAGGGCCGGCGGGAGGACGAAGCGGGGACAGCCAAUCGGUCAGCGCCGGAGUUAGCCAGCGCCCUGACCGGUUGCCUUUUCGGGGAUGCGAUGCUGUGGGCACCGCCGCCGAGCUUUUGUAUGUUCUCUCAUCAUCGCUUCGCUGGAAUUUGACGUUUGCCUUCUCUUGGACCCGGAGCGUGGAACCAUGCAAAAGACAUAAAGACGACGGGCAAAUUUGCGUCGUCGACCCUCGUCAUACUCGCCGCCGCACCUACACUGCCCGCCUAGACGUUUCGCCUUCACAGGUCUCACCUGCAAGUUGCAACACCUCGGGCCCCCUCUCCAGCUCGUGCUCUCUAGACACAGGCUUGCCGAUAGACAUCAAUACCCCGCUAGAAGUUGAACUGGUUUCUGCUAUCUUAUAUAACCCGCGGCACUCCAUUACUCCCUGUUCCACCUAGAGUCCAAUCCACCACCAACAUGCGCCUCACACUGUCGACCAUGCCCGAGGAGCUCCUGGAGCGCAUUCUCGCCUUUGCCGUUACGCCGUCCGCGCCGUCCACGCCCCAUCGUCCGUCCUGGCAUGUCGCGACUCCCAAUGCUACAAAGUCGGGCGUUGCACCUCAUG